AUGCUCAGGGCGAUCUUCUACGCCCGUUUCCAUCCGGAACGGGGACCCUCGGUCAUCCAUCAGUAUCCUCACAAUUCCAUCCGGCCUUCUCCUUCUCCUACUACUACUACAACUCCGACCGCUGCAUCAGCCCCAGCCCCGCUGCUCCUCUGGAGCGAUAUUUCCUCGUACAUCGUCCCGCCCUACGACGUCUGCAACCAGUCCCUGUCGAUCUGCACGCACGGCAACCGCGUGCUGGCGUUCCCCAUCUCGCUCGAAAACGACCGGUACGACCGGAAUCGGUUCACGUUUAACGUCUGUUUCGUGCUGGGCGAGGAGGUCGGCGAUCGGCGGAGCUGGGAGCAGAUGGUGCGGAAGACGGCGCGGUUCUUUCGGAUCUUGGAAGAGGAAGACGGGGUCUUGCGGCGGGAGGAGGAAUUGGUGGGGUUGAAGUGGGCGGGAGAGGCGGGAUAUCCGGUCCGAGACGUCGGGGUGGUGUACGCCUUGCUCGAGGGGAUUGUCGAGGAUUUGAAUGCGUAUGGGGAGUGUUCGGUUCGGGUGGACGAGGUGCACGUGCUGAAUCUGAGGCUGGAAGUGGAAGUGGAAGAGGAGGAGGAGGAGGAGGAGGAGGAGAAGGUGGUGCGGAAAGUGAGGGCUUGGGAUGUGCCGUUGCUCAUACGCGAUCUACCGCCUGCUGCGGAGUGGACUUGGGAUCUGACGUUGAAGUGGAUAUACCCGCACGUGGAUGGUAUCAGGCAUGUGCAGAGGAUUGCGGAGCUAGCGGAUGUGGAAUUGAAGUUGGCCAAGAGGGCGGUGCGGGAAUUGGUGUAUCACGGCAGGGCGAUGUUACUGGACAUCUUCCAUUUCCAGGCCAUCUACGCGUGUACGCCAGACAUUGCGGUCUUCAUGCGAGACGAAGCACUCCAAGACGAAUGCCGUAGAUACGUGGCGGUAAUAAGUCAAGCUCAAGCGAAAGAAACAACCGCAGACGCCACGCCCGUCAUCUCCCAAGACGCCAGCCUGUCCCUCCCUUCGCGGGAAGAAGUCACCGAACUCUUCUGCCUCCUCCAGCCGGGCCUCCAACUCGGCGAAUUCUGCAUGACCCACCAAGCCCGCCUCCUCCACGUCGACAUCCGCCGCCUCAUCACCUUCGGCACCAUCAAGGGCUUCCUGCGCCGCCUGCACAAAUACGCCCUCGCCCUCGACGCGCACUUCUCCGCGGCGGCCAUGCUGGAGAAGAAACGCUCCGGCGCCGGCGCCGGCUCCUCCUCCCUCAAACCCCGCUCCGGCGACGACGCGGCGCGCGAGUACGACCGCGCCUGGCGGCGCGCCGCCCUCUCCAGCGGCUGGGCAACACCGCCCUCCGGCCCGCACCCGGCGAGCUUCGGCAAGAGCCACAAGAGCGCGGACCAAGUGCGCACGGAAGAAGACGAGCAGCUGCGGGAUUUCCUGGACGGGGAGCACUGUAUGGAUGAGAUUUGCGUGGCGAUGCAUUUGAGCGAGAGGAAGGUGCUCGAGAGGCUGAGGAGUGGCAGGUUUGGCAAGGUGAUCCUCUUCAAUAAGUGA